CCAUGUCGGGACAAAAUUGAGGCGGACCUUGUUGUUGCCUUGGGCACUGGAUUAGGGUUUACAGUGUUUCGUCCGACCAAGCCGCCGGAACGGAUCUCUCUCUCUAGCCCUCUUCUCCCUCGGCCCUAAUGGCGACGCUCAAGGACGUGGCUGCCCGUCGCCCGAUCGCCGCUACCAUCCGCCUCAUCGUGCCCGCCGGCGGCGCUCGCCCUGCACCGCCCGUCGGCCCUGCUCUGGGACAGUACCGACUCAACCUGAUGGCCUUCUGCAAAGACUUCAACGCGCGCACCCAGAAGUACAGUCCCGACACCCCCAUGGCCGUCACCAUUACCGCCUACAAGGACAACACCUUCGAGUUCAUCGUCAAAUCCCCCUCGGUUAGCUGGUUCCUCAAGAAAGCUGCCGGCCUCGAGUUGGGUAGCGAGCGUCCCGGUCACGUGGUCGCGUCCUCCCUCACCCUCCGCCACGUCUACGAGAUCGCCAAGAUCAAGCAAACAGACGUCUCUUGCAAGCAUCUCUCCAUCGAGGCCAUCUGCAAGUCCAUCAUAGGCACCGCGCGUUCAAUGGGCAUCGAGAUCGUUAAAGAUCUCUGAUUCACAGUGCCACAGCCAUGGUUCGCCUCUCUUUCUUGUGCGUUUUCGAUCAAGGUUCCAGCUGUUGAGAAUUCACCGAAAAGUAGUUACCGUAUUUACAAAAGUUUACUUUCUUGCUUAAUUCAGUUAAAUCUCAUUCUUCUUACUAUUGGACGUGACAAUCUGGCUUCAAAUUCUCUAGUUCAUAUGGUUUUUCAUGUGCAU